CCCAUAUUUAUGUUUAUUAAUUUUCCCUUUUAUACUUUAACUAUUUGCAAAUCAUUAUAACACUGUAUAUAGACAUAUUAUAUUUGAAAUUUCUCUAUAAUGUUUACCGUACAUUUUUUAUUUCACAUUUGUUUAUUAUCUAUUUAACUUGCCUUGUCAAUAUAAAUGUAUGUUUCCCAUGCCAAUAAAGCCCUUUCAAUUGAAAUUGAGAGAGGGAGAGAGAGAGGUGGGGGAGAGAGGAGGAACCGAGACAGGCAGUGUGGGGCCAUGAAGAGGAGAAAGUUGAAUGGGCUGUCUAACUGGUUCCGCAGAGUGAGAAUAACAUAACCAGAGGCCCACCCCCAGCCUGAGGAAGAGGGAUUUAUAAGGAGGGCAGAACACCUGAGACAACUCACUGAGGUCAGAUAGUCCCGCUGCUGUCCUGUCCUCUUCUGCAGCACCACUUUAACUCUCACUCGUCUCCGUCUGUGAUUCUCACGCAUCUCCAUCUCUCUGUCUGUGACUCUCCCUCCACCUCUCCAUCUCCCCUUCCACCAUGAGCCUGAGGUCCAAGCGUAUCAGCAGCUCCAGUGGUUCUGUGCGGAGACACAGCGGGGGCUUCGGUGGCAUGUCCCUGGGUAGCAGCUCUCUGUACGCGGGGGGCUCAAACGGCCGCCACAGCAGUCCUUUCCACUCAGUCUCUGUCAACAGGAGCCUGCUGGCCCCCCUUAACCUGGAGAUCGACCCCAACCUACAGGUGACGCGCAUCCAUGAGAAAGAGCAGAUCAAGGGCCUCAACAACCGAUUCGCAUCCUUCAUCGAUAAGGUGUGUUUCCUGGAGCAGCAGAAUAAGGUGUUAGAGACUAAGUUUGACCUGCUGCACGGUAAGCAGACGGGCCGCUCCAACAUCGAGCCGCUAUUCGAGGCCUACAUGGCCAACUUGCGUCGCCAGAUGGACGUGGUCAACAACGACAAGACCAAGCUGGACGGAGAGCUGAGGAACAUGCAAGGUCUGGUGGAGGACUUCAAACACAAAUACGAAGAUGAAAUCAACAAGAGAAACAAUCUGGAGAACGAAUUUGUGAUCCUGAAAAAGGAUGUGGACUCAGCAUACCUGGUGAAGGCAGACCUGGAAAACAAGGGAGGAGCUCUGACUGAUGAGAUAAACUUCCUCAGGUCCAUCUAUGAGGAGGAGCUGCAUGAGCUGCAGGCCAGCAUCAGGGACACCUCUGUGGUGGUGCAGAUGGACAACAGUCGAGACCUCAACAUGGACCAGAUAGUGGCUGACGUCAAGGCUCAGUACGAAGACAUUGCUACCAAAAGCCGAGAGGAGGCUGAGAUGUGGUACAAAUCCAAGUUUAACCAGAUGGCCGUCCAGGCCAUGCAGUACGGAGACGAGCUGAGGAACACCAAGGGAGAGAUAGCAGAAAUCAACCGCUUGAUCGGCCGUCUGCAGAGUGAGAUAGAAGCUGUCAAAAGACUGCGAGCCAACCUGGAGGACCAGAUAGCCGAGGCUGAGGGCCGCGGGGAGCUGGCUGUGAAGGAGGCCAAGUCCAAGAUGAGAGAUCUGGAGGAUGCUCUGCAGAGGGCCAAGCAGGACAUGGUCAGGCAGCUCAGAGAGUACCAAGACCUGAUGAACAUCAAGCUGGCUCUGGACAUAGAGAUAGCCACCUACAGAAAACUACUGGAGGGAGAGGAGGACAGGAUUGGACAUCAAUCUAUUCUCAACAUCCAGUCAGUGUCCAACUACAGUUCUAGGAGUUCCAGUAAUGGAUACCACAGCAGCUCCAUCUCCCCUACACCCAAGCUGCUGAUUAAAACAACUGAACAAAAAGACAGCUCCAGAUUCAGCUCUCAUUAAAAAAAACCCCGUCGGAUCCUUCUGGCUGAGGGUGAAGAACCAUUAUAUAAGAGUUUAUAACAGAUCUAUAGCAAUUUUCUGGAUUAUUUUUGUCAAUCUACAUUCUGUAAAGAGCAUGAGAGAAUAGCGUAAAAUCAUGAGAUGAUAGAUUUGUGUUUGUAGCUAGAGGAAUAUAAACAUUUGGUUGUUCUUACUGUAAAGAAAAUAAGAAAACAUAUGUAUCAGUAUAUAAAAAUAUGUAUUUUGAGAAACCGUUUGUCUUAUUUGGCGCAUACAGACUGCUAUGCAACAGCUGGAAUAGAGGUCAAAACCCAUUGUAGUGAGACAGCAGACUAAUAACAGCAUCGUCCUCAUGCAGCGAGAUAAUGGUUCUUAUGGGGUCAGGAAACAGGACACAACCAACUGGGUUUGGCUAUCUACUUCCUGUGUCACAGGUGCAUGCUGUAGACAGGGCUAAUAGAGGUCAAAACCCAUUGUAGUGAGACAGUAGACUAAUAACAGCAUCGUCCUCAUGCAGCGAGAUAAUGGUUCUUAUGGGGUCAGGAAACAGGACACAACCAACUGGGUUUGGCUAUCUACUUCCUGUGUCACAGGUGCAUGCUGUAGACAGGGCUAAUAGAGGUCAAAACCCAUUGUAGUGAGACAGUAGACUAAUAACAGCAUCGUCCUCAUGCAGCGAGAUAAUGGUUCUUAUGGGGUCAGGAAACAGGACACCACCAACUGGGUUUGGCUAUCUACUUCCUGUGUCACAGGUGCAUGCUGUAGACAGGGCUAAUAGAGGUGAUUUUCUAUUGAACUUACUCAGAGAGUUCUGUUAAAGUUUAGAAUUCAAACGCCUCUUCUUCUUCUUCUUCUUCAGAUAGAUGAUCUUUCUUUAGAAAACUGUCAAGCUUGCUCAUCAUCUCCCUUUUUCUCUACGGUUCUUUAAUUGCAUCAGCUCUUUGGCGCGUUUAAUGGCUACCACUCUGACUUUAUAUUUGAAAAAAUUCCCCAUCUACUUCCAUGACCCAUGUCUUCUUGCAAAAAAACAUCUUUAGCUAAUGCUAAUCGAUGAGAUUCAUGUAGCUAGUACUGGUCGUUGUGACGUUCCUGGAGAACCUGCUCCGGUUCCGACAGGAACACCAUGUCGACCACCGCAAAGCGUCUCGCCGACUUCAGACAACGGGGGGGGGGUUUCCUGCCUCAAUGAUGCUAUUGACACUCUACGGGGGAUACCAGUGCACCAUGUGGGGAUACCUGUGCACCAUGUGGGGAUACCUGUGCACCAUGUG